GCACCCCCUCGCCGAUAACAAAGGCCGGGCGCGUGACCGCGCGCGCUGCUCCUUCGGCUCACGGCACUGCGCACGCGCGCGUACGGACAGACGCAAGGCGGGCGAAGGGCCGUGAACGCGCUCGGCAGCGGCGGUGCGAAGAAGAGGAGGAGGCGACAUGAACGUCAACUGGGGCUCCGAACUGUGGGAUCAGUUUGACAACCUGGAGAAACACACGAGCUGGGGCAUCGACUUCCUGGAGAAAUACACCAAAUUUGUCAAAGAGCGAGCGGACAUCGAACUCAACUACGCGAAACAGAUCAGAAACCUGUCGAAGAAGUACCUUCCCAAGAGGAGCAGAGAAGAUGACAACAGGUACACGUGGUGCGUGGCCUUCGGCACCACGCUUCAGCAGCUCGGCGAGUUGGCGGCGCAAAGAGAGGAAGUGGCCGAGAACCUCAACUCGCACGUCGCCGCCGACCUCGGCAGGUUCACGCACGAGCUCAAGGCCGAGAGGAAGGCGCAUUUCCAAGAUGGCCGCCGUGCCCAGCAGCACAUUGAAAAUUCCUGGAAACAACUUGAGUCUACAAAGCGACGUUUCGAGCGCGACAGCAAGGAGGCGGAACGAGCGCAGCACUUGUGCAACAGGAUGGACAACGUAGACAACAACAUGGACGCUGAGAAGGUCGCCCAAAACCGGCUUGAGCCAUCACCAGCAUCGCGCUGCUCCUUUAAGGCUCGUCAGGCGGAGCAACAAAAACAACAGACGGCCCAAGAGUCCAAGAAGGAAUAUUUGACCGUUUUAAACCAGUUUAACCGGGACCAGCACCAGCACUACCACACCAUGGUGCCCGUUAUAUACCAGCGCAUCCAGGAAAUGGAGGAGCGUCGUAUCGAGCGCGUGAGUUCGGCCAUGCGCUUGUCGGCCGAGGCGGAGAAGAAAUCGCUUCCCGUCGUCGGCCGAUGCUUGGACGCUAUGAUGGAUGCCGCGGAGAGCAUCCAGGCCCGGAUGGACACGCGCUCGGUAGUGCGCGUGUACAAGUCCGGCUUCGAGCCGCCAGGCGAUGUGGACCCGGAGGACUUUGGUGCCUCCAUGAGGCGGAGCAUUUCAGAGUCCAGCUACCUGGACGAGCGCGUGGAGGAGCGGCGGCACAGCAGGAAGCUGUGGCCUUUCCUCCGUAAAAACAAACUGCUGAAUCUCCUGUCGUCGCCUCGCCAGCCGCCGCCGCCGCCGCCCGCCUCGCCCUCUCCGGGGGGCACGGCUCCCGGCCCCCCGUCCCCGCCCUCGACCACCAGGGAACCGAUCGCGCAGCGGCUUAACGACCUCAUGACGUCCGGCUCCCGAACCAGGAAGCAGUGCCUGCGCAGCCUCAAGAGAGGACUGUCACUCAAACUGGUGAGUAGGACAGGUGCGGGAGGUGCCGGGCUUCGAUGUCAUCGACGUGUGCCGUCGUUGCCGUGCUUACAGGGCUCCGCCCCUCCGGACUGCAGCCAUCUUCCUGCCGAGCAACGGCGGGAAAAACUGCAAAACAGAAUUCACCACAUCGGACAAGAGAUCCUGCAAGAGCGAGAGCAAAGAGAGGCUCUGGUGAAGAUGAAGGCGGUGUACCAUCAGAACCCGACCUUGGGAGACGGCGCCACCCUGGAGCCGCGAUUGGACGAAGUCAGACGGAGCCUGCAUAGACUGGAGGAGGAGCUUAGGAACAACCAGGUGUGGCUGGCGGAGGCCGAGCAGGGCAGUAAGUCAUCGACACCGGGAACUUUGAAGCAGAUCGAUGCCGCGAGUCCGGACAGCAGAGAAAGUCCCGACGGCAGCUACACGGAAGAUCGGAGCGCCGAAGUUCGCUUCUCCAAGUCUCGGAGCUCCGACUUCGACGACGACUUCGAUGACGACGAGCCGCCGGCCAGCAUCGGAACUUGCAAGUCGCUCUACCCGUUCCAAGGUCAGAACGAGGGCACGCUGUCCAUGUGCGAAGGAGAACUUCUGAGCGUGGUGGAGGAGGACAAAGGCGACGGCUGGACGAGAGUACGAAGGAACGCAGAAGAAGAAGGAUACGUGCCCACCUCCUACAUCAAGGUCUUCAUGGAGGCCAAAGGCUUUGUGCAGACAAGCCGUCUGGUGUGAAGCGGUCGUGCGCGCGAACGGGAAGCGAGGCCGUCGAAGGCGGCAGACGGCGACGGCCGCUCAUCUCGCGCCUUUGUGCUGGGUUGCCGUGACAACUGUCGCCAUGCCAACGUGGUUGCCACGGUGACCGCGCAAAGCCGACCAUCUGACUUAUCCGGAGGCCCGCGCCGCCCGAACGUUGGGCUCUCGCCAAGACCGCAGCCGUCGCCGGGCGCGCGCGCACACGCACACAUUUGCUGGUGUAGGGUCAGUAAAGAAAGGAAAACCAACCAAUCGUGGCGUCUGCGUUAUUUGCUCUUUUGCCACACGAGGCGCUGCUUCUGUGCAAAAACUUACAUUGAACUUUGAUUUGGAAACAGCAUGUAGGAUGAUGGAACGUGGAAGUCUUCAAAAGAAAAAGCAACAUUUUGAGGUUAUUAUAUCAGUAACAGUUGAGCCAUGUGACUUAUGUUUCAAUAUUAUCCCCCGCGUGUCGUCGUGUUAGAUGUCAACGUCUUUGAUUUUUACGCUCUCAUCAGCAGCUUCCUGUAUGUUCCCCGUUUCAAAGUAAAACAAGUCUGGACUUU